ACGACCCCCACAAUGCCCCGCGGUCCCGCGAGCGGCCUGUCUCGUCGCGAGAAGCAGCGGCUGGGGGCGUCUGCGCGGACAAACGGAAGUGUGGGUGACGGUCUGAGACAUCACCGCCAAGCUGGGAACUGGGGAGAUGGCCGAGACUGACCCCAAGACCGUGCAGGAUCUCACCUCGGUGGUGCAGACACUUCUGCAACAGAUGCAAGAUAAAUUUCAGACCAUGUCUGACCAGAUCAUUGGAAGAAUUGAUGAUAUGAGUAGUCGCAUUGAUGAUCUGGAGAAAAACAUCGCAGACCUCAUGACACAGGCUGGGGUGGAAGAACUGGAAGGUGAAAAGAUACCCGCCACACCAAAGAGUUGAAGGUUGCUAAUAAUUUACACUGAAAUCUGGAACGCCGUUUUUCCAAGCCAAGAGAAGACCGAAUGGCUUUUUCAGCUAACUGUUAUGUGUAGACAGGUUUUGUAUUAUGAAGUGUGCGUUCUUAUCACCGACUGUAUAGUUAUAGAGUGAGUUUCCCCCAGUUUCUUGAACAUCUUGGACCUUGGUCAGUUGUGCUAUUAUUAAACACUAAAACCUUGGCAGAUCCUGCAUAAAAUGGUCAUAUUUUUUAGUGUACUUUUGUGAAAUCAUUUUUUCCUGCCAUUCCUUUUGUGGUGGUUACUGUUUAGUAAAAGUUGCUGUGUAAUUUUUUUUAUUAAACAAAUAGUAGAUUCUUCGAUUAUAGGUACACAUGGUGAAGUAAGACAUCUGUAGAGUUUAGGGUUCUUUUCUUCUCAGCACAAAGUGACUGAGCUAACACCAAAUAGUGUGUAGGCAAUACUUUUGAAAUGGCAGAAAACAUUUAAAAAUUGUUUAUUCAGAAAUGUCUGACACUGCUCUGUUGCCAAAACUCAUAAUUGAACCAUGACUUGUAAUUGGAGAUCAGAUGCUAAAGUCAGUGAAAAGUAACAUCUGCCACAUUACUGGGUUAGAACUUUUAAGAUACAGAAAAUAACUGAAUAGCCUGAUGUAAUAAGGCAUUCGUUUGUUAGAGUUUUGCAUGAGAAUCUAAUAUUUCAGUAGGACGUUACAUUGCUCAUCUACAGUGUAAACAUAUCUGUAAACAUAUCUGGCAGGAUUUUAAAACUCAAUUACUCCCUCCUUUCUUUGAGCUACUGAUUGAAAAAGAAAAAGACCGUUUUAAGUUGCUUGGCUAGGAAAUGAUAAAUGGCUCAUAGUAGGCUCAAGUUUUUAAGAAACACUAUUUUACUUAAACUAUUUCUUACCUAAAUUCUUGUAAAGUAACAAUUUUAUUAUUGAUUCUAGAGAAAGGGAUGAUAAUUCUUGCCAUCAAAAAUGCAGUGUCAGGAAUGCUAAGCCUAGAGGCCAGUAUUGAUGACCUGGAAUGCCAGGCAUGUGAUUGUCACUGCAAAGUGAUUUUGUAUAACAAAAACUUGAAAAAGUUGAGGAAUGGUAUGGCCCUUCAUAGAAGGAAACCCUCCUUAAUGAAAACAGGAUGAUUUUUUUUUUAAGUUUUCCAUAUCACCAGUCUUGUUUGUAUUGCAACUAUAUAAUUAUUUGUCCUAUUUACAAACUAUGUGGGGAACACAAAAGAGUAAAAUUCUUCUGAAAUAAAAUGAACUUAGCACUAUUAUUACCAGCUGCAGAAAAUCCUUUGAUCAGACCAGCAAGUUGUGCUGCAGGGUUUAGCCCAUGAAUGGCCCACUCACACAGGGCUCUGACCAGACCAGCUGAAACCUGAGUGAAGGUUGUUUUCAAGCCUCAUAAACAGCAAAUGGAGAUAUGGCUGUUGUAAGGAGAGUUGGGACUUAGGAGUUGGCUUCCUUAAGUAACAAAGAUUUCAAAGGCAGGCCCUUUGACUAAAAAUACCUGCUAUGAAUAAAGGUGCCUGAAAUCCUGCUAUUAAA